CAUUCAUUGCUGGCUGCAUGCAACACUCGCGUUGCACUUAUCAGGUGUUUAAGUUCUGCGAUUAGUGAUUGUAAUCGCAGUUGAUUGAUAAUCAUUCGGUUAAUGUAUGGAACUAAGCCUAGAUAAGUUACGAGUGUGUAGCUGAAGAUUUUAUGAGUAAUACCAUGUGCUACAACUAAAACAAUGGACAAGUUGAUGUCCUUCUUCCAGUCAGAGAAGCGGCGGACCAGCAAAAAAGAAGAGGACAUAGAGGAACGAGAUGUAUCGGUGGUCGAGGAUAGGAGGAAAUGGUCCAUUUCCCGGUCAGGCCGCAUGAAACAGGCCAAUAAGAAGAGGCAUAGCGUCGCUAAAGACCUUUAUGGAGAGACCUGCGCUCCGAUCGAAAAACCAAAAACACUGGAGUACCACGUAAACACUCCCGUCAAACCUUUGGAAAAUGCAUCCAUCAAACCUGACGAGAGUCCUAGCGAACUAAAGUCGCCAGAGGAGGAGAUCGAGAGCGCCUUCGAAAUAUUGGAUAAGGUGGAUAAAAGUGAUAAGUUGGAUGCCUCCUAGACUCGGACCAAGAUAAUUUUGCAGACUUUGCAAUUGCAAUAUGUGGAAAUGUCGCUAUAAUGAUGUUUAUUGUGACAUUGUCACACUUUGUCACGUCAAAGCCAGUGCAGAGUUAGCUUCGACAGAAUCUAGCACGAUCUGUGUGAUAAGUUAAAAAAAAUUGCCAUAUUGGUAUGGUACGACCAAUGGCGUUAGAUAUAUUACGGACGUACACCUAAAGCGUACAAUAACUUACAGUUAUUUUUUUGUUAGUCAAUAUUGAACCAUAUUACCGAGCAAGACAGACUAGAAAAAACAUCAAACCAAAGCACUAUGUACGAUAUCAUAUUGAUAUAAUUAUAUUGUCAAAUGACAUCGUUAAUCCAGUAGGUAAUCAAAACGAGAUGCAAUUUUGAUCGGUUAGCAUGACUUGCGUUCUGGCGCACUUCUCCAUAUCUGUCGCGAAUUUAAGUACCUAUCGAGUCGUGCGCGAGAACGCAAGUUAUGGUAGCCGGUCUGUACUCAGUUAGGUCAUAAGUUCUGUCACAAAGUUUUUGACUGAUAAAAUGUAAUACAAAACUUUUAAUAAAAAAAGUUAACCAUGAUUUGAAAGUAUGUAUAAUACUGAUCAAAACGUAAUAUAAUUAGUUAAAUUUUGAUCGCGUCUUUAUUUACUACUUGUUUACUUUGGGAUUGUCGUUAGUCGCGAAUACGCGGCUGGAUCGUGGAAAAUUCUACUUUACAAAAGGAGUAAAAAUCAGUGUUACAUUAAUAAAAUAGAUACAAAUGUAUGUGUGGGUGUAGGUACUUGUAUGAGUCUACUUCAUAAGAACGUUAUUUUAUCACCAACAUUUAGUUCUCCGACAAGUCUGUACUUCAGCCAAUACAAGAGACAUAUAUAUAUAUAUAUAGAUAGGGAUAUUUGAAGACAAAUUUUGGGUACUUUUCAGUGAUACUCUAAUUUUUAACUGCCAUUCAACGAGUAGGUUUGGUAAAACAAGUACAGUUGCAAUUUCGGCAAUAAAUAGGGAUCAAAUUCACCUUGAACAGGUCGCGUAUUUUUUUAUAACAUUAUUCCGAAUAUUACAUGGAAGUAUGCAAAACAGAGAUAGCAACUUACGUUAAAUUAUAUGAAUGACUUACAAUUCAGCGUUAAAUAAGCUUUCAACCCAUAAACAUAAAUAAUAAGGGAUCUGUACCUAUAUUUCUUUAUCAUGCAAAACCAUUGUGACAGAACUUAUGAACUGACUGGCUACCAAUUCACCCGGACCCGGGACAUCGGAUUUUUCUAAUGGUCACAGAAUCGUAGUGCACUGUCCAUUUUAAAGUGGCCAUGCAAUUUUGCGGCUGGGUGUACCUACGGGCCUUAGAUAAGUUUGAGAGUAUUCUUAAAGUGUCAUUUUAUUAUGAGAAUUGAACCUGUACUUUUACAAAAGUCUAGGAUCCACAAAGUAAGCUAAACAAAUGGUUUGUAAGGGUAAACUAGUAGGUAAUGAUUUACUACUGUACAACUUUAUAAUAAUACUUGGCUACGAUUUAUCAAUUUUGAAUAGAUUAGAUAAAAUAUUAGAUAUUUCGUAUAAUUAGUUCAAAAAGGCGUGUAGGUAAUAGCAAAGAGAAUUUGAAAUAGAGGUGUAUUGUUUGUAGAAGAACACUUUGUAGCGACGUAAAUUUACUGCCAUCUUUCGACAUAUAAUUAAAACUUUUAGAACGCCAUUUGACUUUGAUCCUUAUUCUAUCACAGAUAUGUGUUCAAUUUGUUAAAUAUCAAAAAGUAGCGCCAUCUUACCGGGCACUACCUAAAGGUUAUGGCGCCAUCGCUCGAAACGAUGCUGCUAUACCUUUGGCCUUUGAUCUAUUAAAUGGCGCCACUUUUGGAUAUUUAACAAAUUGAACACAUAUCAGUGAAAGAAUAAGGAUCAAAGUCAAAUGGUCUUCUAAAAGUUUUAAUUAUGUGUCGAAAGAUGGCAGUAAAUUUACGUGGCUACAAAGUUUUCUUUGAUAAUACACCUCUAUUUCAAAUACUCUUUGGUAAUAGGUAAUAGUAGUAUUAGUUACUUUUAUAUAAUAUUGAUUAAUUAACGUUCCUUAAGCUCAUUUACAUUAUCAUACCUAACUAAUAUACAAUAUUGGUUGUACGAUAUUUUAAUUUUGAUCGAAAUUCUGGUUUUAAGUUAAAAUCUCUCAAGUUGUUGUCAAAAAUGUAAUUUUUGACACACGUUUAUUUUUACCGAUAAUUAAUUCUCAACCGACUUUAAAAAAGGAGGUUUUACAUAGUAAUGUAUAGGUAUACUUAUAUAUUUUUGUGCUAAUCAUAAGGCCAAGUUAAUAAAGUGGAAAUUAUUACGUUACAUAGGUAAUUGAUUUUAAUUUGUAUUAUAGGUGAAAAAUGUAUUGUCAUGUAAUUCACCACAAUAAAAUUAACAAUUUUCUUUGAUAUUGUCCAAGAUAAAACAAGUUUUGCAUGUAAUACGAAUAGAUUAAACAGUAUUUUUACGAGUAAAAGGUGCAUUUCCGAUAAUAUUUCGGCAAAGAUAUGCAAUCUUAAUAAUUUUAUAAACAUUGCCUAAUUGUAUAUGUUGCCGCUGCUUUUGAAAGCGAUAUGCUAUCUGUGUUUUUCGGCGGCACUAUCUUAUAUUUUAACAAUCUAGAUUUCGGUGCUACUUAGCUACGCUAAUUAUACCAAACAAAUUAAUAUAAUUAUUUUUUGACCAAAUUUCAGUUCUAGAUAUUCAUUUUUUAAUGUUGGAGUACGGUAAGAAUCGAUAUUUAACAGUUAUGAAUUAAUCCUUAAUGUGUAUGAAGCUGUCUUAGCUUUAACUGAUUACCUUAGCUUCAUAUAUAAUAUAUACACGGUGUUACACGAGGAACCCGAAAGAUUUUAAUAGUGUAUUCCUGAUCACAUUUAAAUUCUAAAUUGUCAUAUAAACUUUCUGGAAUUGGCCUAGUUUCAGAGUUAAUAGGUAAGUACCAAUAAAAAAACAUCUUAUUGUUACUUAGUGCAAAACAUUGAUAGAUGUCAAAAAGUGACAAGUAAUACUUUGCAAAAACUAGGUUUUAUGAAAAAUAAAAGUAAAAAUUAAAUUUAAGUGCCAGUUUUACUAAUAACAUUUACAUACAAAAAAAUAUAUUGGCGGAAUUUACUUAAACUCAUGUAACAUUUUUUCCUUCUUUUGGCGUUAGAAAUGCGUGGUUAAAAUCUUUCGAGUUCCUCAGGUUACACAACACUUAUUUAUAUUUAAGUGACAAUUUAUAAUUGUCAAAUAAAUAUAAAUUCUUACGUAGUGCCAACUAUAUUGGCAUCUACCAAAAAGAGAUGUAAAUGGCGCUAUACGGCAUCAUUAUUGUUGUAAGAUUGUCCAACACAAACUUUUGACAACCAAAGUUACAUCUUGUUGCAUCACAGUUGCAUCUUCGCCUAGAGCUGUCAUACUCGAACAAACUUUUUUUUUAAAUCCAUGUAGAAAUACAUCUCUUCUACAAUUCAUCAAAGAGUUGUCUUUGCUUAUAUUAACUCUAAGUGUAAGGCCUGAGUGGACGCUCGAGUUGGGCGUGCAGCGGGGCGGGGCGUACGGCGUGCGUGUUAAACAAAUGCAAACGUAUAGGAGCGGCCGCACUGCACGCUGCUCACAGCACUUGUGAGCCCGACGCCACGCUGCACGCCCCGCCUAACGCUCCGCUCCGAGCGUCCAGUCAGGCCUUACACUAAGGCGAUGCAUCCUACCACAAUGGAAGGAUAAUGUGCAGUAGGUAACUUUGACCAAACGUAGUCUAAGCGUCGGUACCAUGCCUGAUUUGUUUAUCUGCAUACAAAAUAUAUACAUAAAUAAAGUAUUUUUUGUGUGACGAUCAACACUAAAAAUGUUACAGAACUUAAAGGCAAGGCACCUAUAAGACAUUUUACCUGUCAAAAUAGGAUAAGUCUUCUGAGCCAACCAUACAAUUCUGUGAUUCGGUCUAUCAAAUAAAAUUAACUGAUUGUGGA